AUGCCCCUGCAGCAGCAGCAGCAGCACAGCAGCAGCAGCAGCACAGCAGCAGCAGCAGCAAUACAAGCAACAGCAGCAUCAACACAUGCAACAACAAAGCAGCAGCGCAACAAGCAGCAGCACCAGCGAUGCUUCAACAGCUACGCAGCAAAACAUCCUGCAGCAGCAGCACUGCCGGCAGCAGCAUCAGAUACAACACCACAGGUAUGUGUCAGCAGCAGCAGCAGCAGCAGCAGCACGCAGCCCUGCCCUACGCUCCCCAAAUCGUCUUCGGAAGAGCAGCGGCAGCAGAGAAGCAACGGGUGCAGCAGCAGCAGCAGCAGCAGCAGUAACAGCAGCAGCAGCAGCAGCAGCAGCAGGCGGUGGUAUACCUGCAAGUGGGGUGUAUUGAUGUACGACGUUGAGUUCACAGAGAUAACUCAAAACGCCGAAAUGAUAAGGGGCUAG